AUGGUAAAGACCAUCAAAGGGCUGGUUACCGCCUACAAUUCAGCCGCGCAGGAACUAGAGGAACUAUGCCUCAAGCUUGAAGAUAUUGAGAUCACCUGCAACUGUCUGGGUGCGGCUUUAUCACAAGCUAAUGGCUUAACUCGGAUACCUGAACUGCCCCCGCUACUCAAAAGGGUAAAGGGCUCCAUUCAAGACUGCUACGACAAAGUAUCAAAGGUCAACCAGGUCAUAGCCAAAGUCUAUGCAAAAGUCGAAUCAAAUCGCAACCCGUUGAGAACCAUGGGCAGCUCUUUCCUACGAUACAGAUCUCGGCUUGCUACUUGUGUGGGUAGUCUGGACGAUUCGCGUUCAACGCUCAACUAUAACAUGAACCUAAUGGUUUUGAAUAUAAAAACCGCGCAAGCGCCUAGCAUAUCGAUCCCCGUCAUUCAGUCGUUGCCUCGACCUGCCCACUUCCCUGGCCUUCCAAAAGUUAGUGCAACGAACUACUCUGUGUCUCCUCAACAUAAAUCCAAAGAUAUUAUCAAGACAUGGAGACAUCAAUGUUCAAGUUUGGCUUUUAUUCAAAAGACGCAGAAAUCGAAAAUCCAGGACCUCAAUGCUUCGAAUGUCCAGCGUUUAGCCCAUACACAGGAAAGCACGACUUUCACCUUUGGAUCAUCAUUAUUGAACACGUACAUAGAAUUAUCAGUAAUGAGAGAGUCCCUCGCACCGUUAUCAUUUCGGGUACAGAUCCCACGAGUGCUCCUCAUCUCCGAAUAUGCCACCGGCGUAGGUGAAAGGGUGCGGAAUCCAUUUGAAUCUGACGAUUUGCAAGCGACUCAGGAUCUGCUCAGCCAAGGACUCCUCACACCCGCCACAGUAGUGACGUAUACUGAAUACGAUCCAGAAAAUGAAGCAUCGUUAUUGGGCCUUGCAUUGUCGCUCCGGUCGCGCAAGAUUCUCAACUUCUUAAAGUAUCAACUAGAUCUAAGUGACUCAAGAAACCAUGUAGCUUGUUUCAACUUUCAAUACCGACACUCUGGCUCAGAGGAAGACCUUGCCUGCUAUGUCGAGUACAUUCAUUUACGCGGAGGGUUAAUGACUACAUCAGAGCUCGGCGUCCUACUGUUGACCUCUAAGGCCUGGCAUAUCACUACAUGUUUAGAAGCUUGUCGGCAGUAUUUUCCUUACAACUGGGACUGCUUCGAUGAUGUGAUUCUGAGUGGUUUGAGCUAUGGUUUUAGCCAACUUUCCACUCGUCAGAUGUCAAAUACUCAGUUGGAGGACUGGGCGCCCUUAUUCACAGAAAUUGUGGCGCGCAACCAAGACUUACUCGCCAACCCCCAGUACCACCGAUUCACAGCUAACUUAUGGUUUAUGCUUUGGUAUUCUUUUGACCCUGACGAUGCUUGGUAUCGUGUUUGUCACUGGGUGGAUCUGCUGGAGCUAGCUCAGAUCGACAUCGCAAUGUAUCUGAAGGUUGCCAUAAAUUAUUGCUCCAACAGAUGGGUGGAGACUCAGGCCCGGGGUUUCGGUGAAUUUGAAGAUUCAGCUGUGCGCCGAGAACUCUCCUCGAGGUAUCACAAGGGACGAGAGAUCCCAUGUUGGAUCGAGGUUGCCGACAGCUCAUGCCCGAUACGCGAACUUUUGACUGAGUUCCCAGCACUCCGAUAUAUGGACGACCAAAUCCUGCAGGGUGGCUGGGGGCUACGUACAGGUGCAUACAAACACUUGAAGAGUGGAACAAAUCUUGAGGCAUCACACUUUUCGAUGAUGUAUUGGCCAGUCUUACCUUCUCUCAAUCGGUACAGCUCCGUGGGUGGUGGCAGGAAUAACAGACCUUACCUAGCAGAUUGGGCUGAUCGAGCUUGCGAGUUGCAGGAGCGUCGCUUUGAACGAAGAGAGCACCGUAGGCCUCAAAAGCUUAAGGGUAAAGGAAACGAAUGGAAAGGAAUCCCGGGAGCAUGGGUGGAAUGA